AUGGACGUACCGUUCGACAGCUGGCAUAUUGCACUCCUCAACAUUUUAGAUCAAAUGGUGAAAAUGUGGAAUGACGAUUCUCGCCUCAUUUUAAUUGAGGAAGUACGAAAGCGUCGCGAAGUUUGGGAGUACAAAAAGGAGCGUUAUGCGACUUCGGAAAGGAAGAAAGAGUUGUUUGCAGAAGUCGCAGAUGCACUUAAUGCUUCCGGUUUAGUAACAGCCGGUCUAUACACAGAAGAAGAUGUUCGUACACAGUGGAAGAAUCUGAAAGAUACGUUUAAAAGGAAACUUAAAAGACGCCAGGCGGAAGUCAAUGCAGGUUAUGAGGACGCGGAACCAACUUGGCGAUUCUGGAGCAAAAUGCAAUUCGUUAAGAAUAAUUUUGGUCCAGAUCGAAAUCGGUCUUCUGCAUUGAGCAGCACAGUUUUGGUAGAAAACACACCUAAUACGCUGGAGAAAUUGAUCAGUUCUCUUGUCGAGAAACAGAUGUCUGAUGACAGCAAUAACAGCAUAGAUGGACAGAUAAUGAAUGCAACAGAGCUGCCAUCAGUCGCAUCAACUUCCCUUCCCAUUCCUUCUGCAAACAACAGCAGCAAUAACAGUUGUAACAAGAGCACUCUCAGUAAUACAAACACUGUUAUACCUGAUAUUCAAGUCACAUCAACUGCAACACCUACAAUAGAAAUGCAUAUAGCUCAGUUUGUCCCACCUAACAUCAAUUAUUUGGAGGGCAUAGCAUCUCACUCACCAUUGUCACAACAUCUUGGAUUUGACUCAAAUAAAUUGAGAUCGCCUUCACCAGUUAAUCCGGAAAUACAUCCUUGUGCAAGUGCUUUAGCUGAUCUUCAGAAAAAGGCAAUGAAGAGGAAAGUAUCGGAAGCAAGCAACGAGGAUUUGCAAAAUAUGCAGGAGCCAGACGAUGAAUGCGCCUGGUUUGGUCGAAGUGUAUCAAGUGCGUUACGCCGACUUUGCUUGACAUCACCACUUUCGGCACUUACUCUCAAAAAGCAGAUCUCAGAUUUGAUAUAUGAGGCGGAAAUCAAGCAAUUAAUUCGUCAUCGAAAAACAGGGCAUUCGUAA